AUGCCCAAGGCAAAAAAGGCCCGAAUUGCAGCCGCGCAAGGUGGUGAUGUCAAAAGAAAAGCCAACGACAUCAACAAAAAGAAGAUGAACACAUUUCCCCGACUGUCGACGACCAAUAACAACAAUAAUGACACCAAGAAAAACAAAACCAAUAAUGGCAAACAACAAAGAAACCAGCGACCAAUUGUUCCGUUUGGGAGGAAUGAUCGGGUUUUGUUAAUUGGCGAAGGCGACUUCUCCUUUGCCCGUUCACUGGUCGUCCAGCAUCGGUGCCGGAAUGUGCUUGCGACAUGCUAUGAUUCCAAGGAUGACCUGUACGGGAAGUACCCCCAGGUAGAAGGGACUAUCCAAGAAAUGCAGAAUGCAUUCCUGAAGAAAGAUAAGAAGCGCAAGACAGAUGGAGACGAGGCAGAUGACCACGAUGCACAGGCCACAAACAAAAACAAGACAAACCUCAAAGUCCUCUUCUCAGUCGAUGCCCGGAAACUUGGCCACGCCUCUGCUGGAGGAGGGAAAGACGUCCGGAUAGGUUUCCCACGACCACACCAACUCAAACGUCCUGCGUGGUUGGAGGCUCGUCAUGCUGCCAAUAACGCCAAUAAAAAGCAUAACUCUGGUGGGCAAGGGAAAGGUGAAGGGGGACCGUGGGAUAUAAUCUGCUUCAACUUCCCGCAUGUGGGUGGGCUGUCAACGGAUGUGAACAGGCAGGUGCGGUUUAAUCAGGAAUUGCUUGUUGCGUUUUUCAAGGCCUGUGUACCGCUUUUGUCGAGGCCGAUUGAUAGCAAUGGUGCGGUUGAUAAUGAAUUUGAAGAUGAGGAUUAUUGGGAGGAGUCGAGUGAUGACUCUGAUGAGGAUGGUGAGAACGGUAAUGGAAGAGAAAAGAACAAACCCCGGACAGAAUCAGGACAAAUAUUGGUUAGUCUAUUCGAAGGAGAGCCGUAUACUCUAUGGAACAUUAAGGAUCUUGCUCGACACGCUGGGCUAAAGGUAAUUACCAGCUUCAAAUUUCCCUGGGCUUCCUACCAGGGUUACUCGCAUGCGCGGACUCUAGGACACAUUGAAGGGAAACAUGGUGGACGAGGUGGGUGGAAAGGCGAGGAUAGGGAUGCCAGGAUGUAUGUCUUUGAGCUUAAAGACGAUCACGCAACGGCUCAGCUCAAGGCAGAUGCCAGUGCAAAGAAGAAAAGGCCAAGGAACGAAUCGGACAGCGAUGAUAGUGAUUAG